AUGGUAAAUGGACGGUGUUCUAAACACUUUCUCAAAAAGUUUGUGGAAUACUCAAAUUUUGAGUCAGAUGGUUACCCAAUAUAUAGAAGACGAGAUGAUGGAAAAACAAUUACCAAGAAUGUUAUUCAGUUGGAUAAUAGAUAUGUGGUCCCCAAUAAUAGAUACUUGCUUUUGAGAUACAAGGCACAUAUGAAUGUGGAGUGGUGCAACCAAUCUAGAUCGAUCAAGUACUUAUUCAAGUAUGUGAACAAAGGAAAUGCUCGCAUCACUGCAGAAUUUUAUAAAACAUCAUCAAAUGCAGAUGGAGUGCAAGUAGUGGAUGAGAUCAACAUGUACUAUGAUUGUAGAUACGUUUCUGCAUUUGAGGCUACUUGCGAUGAUGAAGAUGUUGAGACAGUAUUGAACAAAGAAACUUUGGGACAAAGCAUGUUCACACAAUGGUUUGAGGCAAACAAAACUUUCCAAGAAGCUAAAUUGCUAACCUAUAUUGAGAUGCCCAAUAAAUUUUACAAUACUUUUAAGGAGGCAUGUUAUGCCCGGGGGUUAUUACAAGAUGAUACUGAAUACGUUGAUGCCAUUAUGGAAGCUAGCUAUUUUUCAACUCCCUACUCACUAAGAAAGUUGUUUGUUACUCUGGAAGCUAGCCAUUUUUCAACUCUCCACUCACUAAGAAAGUUGUUUGUUACUCUAUUAAUGUCAAAUACAAUGGCACAUCCUGAAAUUGUAUGGGAGAAAGUGUGGACACAUCUGGCUGAUGAUGCUCAACAUAACCGUAGGAGAUUAUUAAACUUGCAAGAUAUAUUUCUAACUGAUGAAGAGAAAAUGAAUUUUGCACUAUUUGAAUUGUCAAAGCUUUUAUUAGUCUAUAACAAGACUUUGAGAGAUUUUCCAAACAUGCCGAUAAUGAAUGAAGCAAGCCAUGUUCGUGUGGAAAACCGGUUGUUGUGGGAAGAGUUAGCAUAUGAUUGUGCUAGGGAAUAUGAAGAGAGAAAGACUUUUCUGUGGCGUGCAGUCUCUUUGUCUAUUAGAGCAAAAGGUGAAAUUGUUAUCAAUGUGGCAUCAAGUGGGAUAGCUUCUUUACUUCUACCGGGUGGCAGAACUGCACAUUCAAGGUUUUCAAUACCAAUCUCAGUCAAUGAAGAUUCUACCUGCAAUAUAAAUCAAGGUAGCCAAUUAGCCGAACUCAUUGUUCAUGCAAAACUAAUUAUUUGGGAUGAAGCACCGAUGAUACACAAACAUUGUUUUGAGGCGUUGGAUAAAACAAUGAGAGAUUUGUUAAGGUUUAUUAACAAAGACUUUGGCGGGAAGACAGUAGUUUUAGGUGGGGAUUUUAGGCAAAUCUCACAAGUGGUGCCAAAAGGUUCAAGACAGGACAUUGUUUCUGCAACAAUUAAUUCUUCAUAUCUUUGGAGACAUUGUAGAGUUAUGCGCCUAACUAAGAAUUUGAGAUUAACUACAAUGGAACCUGGAUUGAAUCAAGACAAAGUUGAAGAAUUUGCUAAUUGGCUAAUUUCAAUAGGUGAUGGUAGUAUUGGAGUAGAUAUUGAUGGUAACGCUGAUUUUGAUAUUCCCACUGAAUUGUUGUUGAAGUCAAAUGGUGAUCCUAUUUCCUCUAUUGUUAAAAGUACGUUCCCCAACUUUACUGGUGUAAACAGUGAUGGAAGUUGUUUUUAA